AUGGUAAAAGUUCGUCGAACUUUUCAAUUAGCAAGAGUCCACUGGACUUUCGCUAUUGGCGAAUGUCCAGUUGGCGAAACUCGGAUAAAACAUAUUCUUUCUGCUGCUGAUCAACUUAAUUUAAGUAAACUUAAAGUCUUCAAUCUCAAUGAUGAAAUUGCUUUACUUUAUUUUACGACUAAAUUAUCAUUUCGACGUAUUUUUCAAGAACAAAUUACAGAUCCUAUUCUUCUUUCUGAAAAUUAUUUUAAUGAAAUAUCCUGUAAAAACUAUACAGCAGAUGUGUACGAAUAUAUAUUGAAAUUUUUCGAAAAUCUUAAACAUUUAUCUCUUAUUGUAUUGUUUCCAAAGUCUUUUCCACCUUUAUUACUUCGUAAUUUACCAUUAACUAGUACUUUCCAUUCUUCAACUCUUUACAAAUUAUGUAUUUAUGUAAUAUAUUAUGAUGAUUUCUUUGCUUUAGUUGACGGGUCGUCUUAUAAUGCAACAAAUGUUUGCAAUAUGGUAAGUUUAAAUUUUAUUCGAUUAUUCUUUUGAAUUUAACAAAAAAACAAAAUACUAUGGAUCAUGAUUAUAAAUUAUUUUCAUAUUAUUAUUGAAAGAUUUUUUUUAAAUUUCUUUUGGAUCAACUAUUAUUAAAUGGUGAGAGAGAAAGCAAGCGACGAGGUUUGGAGAAGGAGCGAGGAAGAAUACUCAGAACUUUUAAAAGAUUGAGAAUAACUUUCUCCCAUUUUUGAGAAACUUCGAACAUACUUGACUUCCCCUUAGGUUUUUCAAAAAUUGAACAUGAAUUCCUUUAUUUUGGAGAAAUUUCUCACAAAUUUUACCAUCCCUCCCUUGCAAAGGAUGUUCCAAGUGUUUUAGUCGGGGUAAUCCCUUCAAUCUUGACAAAAUUUUGCAUUUUUUCUCAGUAAUUUAUAAAAAAAUUUUAAGAAAAUUUAAAAGACUUUCGAAAACAUCAUCACCCUUCCAAUCUUUUCGUCUUCAAGUCACCUCAGCUAUUCUCCCUCCACCAGUUUUAAAAAACUGAAGAUAAGUUUCAAAUUUCUCAGAAAUUUCGGAGGUGGACCUCUCGUUUUUUUUCACGUCCUAUUUCAUUUUUGUAAAUAGAUUUCUUGUUUGAGCUCUUUGCGUCGUCUCUGUUUUUGAUUUUAAACAAACAUCACUGAUAUGUUUG